UAUAUAUAAGAAAAAUGCUGUGGAUGACCGCGUUAUGGUCUGUUCUGUUUCUGUGGAACUUCUUUGUAACAUCGAAUGAAGGCAAGAAUCUUCAAGUAAAAGAGGUUGAUAUUUGCCCAACCAACAAAUCGUCAUGGGAGAAGGCAUCACGUGACUUAAACUGUACCAAUCCAGAUAGGUACCAGUGUACUCCUAAUGAACAACGAUCAGCGUUACUGCAAUUCUGUUAUGAUCAACCAGCUACAUCGAUUGAGAAAGGAUAUUGUUGGAUCUUAUUGGAUUCCCAUUUUAUGGAUACAUACAGCUGUACUGGAUUCGCAGAAGGAUGUCCAAAUAUUACCUACAGAAGCAACGAACUUUAUAAAUAUCAGGAAUGUCUGAAGGUGAAUACAAAAGAGGAAUGUUAUUUGGCUGAACCAAAAUGCCCAAACACAACGUAA